AAAUAGUGGCACUGUUUGAGCAAAAAAGGAACUCCAAAAGUGUCGCUCGGGAUCGCCACAAACAUGGCUGCUGGUGCUUCGUUCGGCUAGCAUACGUAUUUUCCGUUCUCGUCGUCGUCGUCGCUGUUUUCACGGGUAAAUUCAUUGGCAGUUUAGAUGCCCAGCUAGCAGUGCUGGUCGUGCAUAUGUGCGUCGUGUCACGCGUACUGUGUAUCGGUCGUGAACCACAAUCCAGGAUUGCAGUCUAGUGUUACCGACCGAAUCGACCAGACCCCAUCAGACCAGCAGAGCCAGGGCGGCCGAGCAGUGUAGCAGUGUAUGUAGUGUUUUUUUUUCGUACCUCCCAAUCUUCGUCGGAUGUCAUACCGCAUACCGCUCUCGAUCCCGCCCUCGUCCACCAACCAGCACAAGUGUCAGCGGAAAAGUGAAUGUUGAUGAUGAUGAUGAUGGUCGUGAUGGUGAUGAUGGUUGUACUGGCUUCGGCUCCGAGGCGAGCGAGCUGAGUUGUUAUCGCGAUUUUUUUGUGAGUGCAUUGAAAAAAAUAUAACGAAAGAAACCCCACACGGAGAAAAGUGUAUCGGAGUUUUUGGCCGUAAGAAGAAGUGCUGUACCGAACGGUUGCUGGCGAAGGUGUGUGAAGUUCAGUGUAGUAGGCCCUGAGAAAAAGCGAUUGAUCUGUUCCUCGCAACAAUAGCUGCUGCUGUUACUGGUGGUGGUGGUGGUUAGAGUUGAAGGUAGAUUCAGCCCACGGAAGAAAACAGCUGAUUUGUCAUCCCGUGGGUGGUGUCAGAAGGAGAUGACUUCGAGACGGUGGUUCCACCCUUCGGUAUCGGGUGUCGAGGCAGAAACACUACUGCGCGAACGGGGCUUCGAUGGUUCUUUCCUGGCCCGGCUCUCGUCGUCCAAUCCGGGUGCCUUUACGCUGUCGGUCCGGCGUGGCCAGGAAGUGACUCACAUCAAGAUCCAGAAUAAUGGCGAUUUCUUCGACCUGUACGGAGGAGAAAAGUUUGCAACUUUGUCCGAGUUGGUUCAGUAUUAUAUGGAAAAUGGUGGUCAGUUGAAGGAAAAGAACGGACAGAUAAUCGAACUGAAGCAGCCGCUUAUCUGCGCUCAACCCACAACGGAAAGAUGGUUCCACGGUAAUCUGUCCAGCAAAGAGGCGGAACGGCUGAUCCUGGAACGGGGCAAGAAUGGCUCCUUCCUAGUGCGCGAAUCUCAGCGAAAACCGGGUGACUUUGUGUUAUCCGUGCGAACCGAGGACAAAGUGACACACGUGAUGAUUCGGUGGCAUGAGAAGAAAUACGACAUCGGUGGAGGUCAACAGUUCUCCACCCUGUGCGAGCUGAUCGAACACUACAAGCUGAAUCCGAUGGUGGAAACCUGCGGCACGGUGGUCCACCUGCGGCAACCAUUCAACGCGACCCGGAUCACGGCCGCCGGGAUCGAUGCCCGGGUCGAGCAGCUGCAGCGGGAGAACGGCAGCCACUGCUACGGCAAGGGUGGCUUUUGGGAGGAAUUUGAAUCUCUACAGCAGCAGGAGUGCCGGCACACGUUCUCCCGCCGCGAGGGCCAACGGAACGAGAACCGGGUCAAGAAUAGAUAUAAGAACAUUUUACCAUUUGACCACACCCGGGUGAAGCUGAAAGAUGUGGACAGUUCUGUCCCGGGAGCGGAGUACAUCAACGCAAACUACAUCCGCCAGCCGACGGAGGCGGAACAGAAUGACAUGAACUCCUCGUCGGAGAACCUGUCGCAGCAGGGACAGCAGCAGAACAAUAACUCGACCACCGGCAGUAACGCGACGACCUAUGCCAGCAUCAACCAGCAGCCGACCAAGAACUGUCAGAGCUGUCAGCUGCUGAAUAAACCCUGCUCCCAGUGUUCUAUGAAGGCGAAUGAGUCCAAACACAAACGGAACGAAUCCAUCACGUCCCGUCUGCAGCUACAGGCGGCUGCCCAGCAAAACCAAUCCAAGGGCUGCAUGAUGCUGGUGGGCGGUGGUGGUGGUGGCGUAGGUGGUUGUGGCCGGGACGAGAAAGAUCUCUUCAAGACGUACAUCGCGACGCAGGGCUGCCUGGCCAAUACGAUACAGGACUUCUGGAACAUGAUCUGGCAGGAGAAUACACGCGUGAUAGUGAUGACUACCAAAGAAAUCGAACGGGGCAAAAAGAAGUGCGAAAAGUACUGGCCCGAUCCGCAGCAAACCAAGGAGUGGGGUCCGGCGAAGGUGACCUGUUUGAGCGAAACCAGCACCGCGGACUACACGCUGCGCGAGUUCCUGCUGGCAUGGCGAGGGCAGGACGAGCGGAAAAUUUUCCAGUACCACUUUCAGGUGUGGCCCGAUCACGGCGUCCCGUCGGAUCCGGGGUGUGUGCUAAACUUUCUGCAGGACGUCAAUGCCCGGCAGGAACAGCUACAGCUCGAAGGAUUGGCACCGGGUCCAAUCUGCGUGCACUGUUCGGCUGGAAUCGGUCGCACCGGAACGUUCAUUGUGAUUGAUAUGAUACUCGAUCAGAUCGACAGAGAAGGGCUGGACUGCGAGAUCGACAUCCAGCGGACGAUCCAGAUGGUCCGUUCGCAGCGCAGUGGCAUGGUCCAGACGGAGGCCCAGUACAAGUUUGUGUACUUUGCCGUACAGCACUACAUCCAGACGCUGUGCCAGCGCAAGCGAGCCGAACAGCAGAGCCUCCAGGUUGGCCGGGAGUACACCAACAUCAAAUAUGCAUGUGAUAGCAGCGAAUUGCAGCGUUCGCCCCUGCCAGCAUCCUUGUCGACACUUAGCCUAAACACUAGACAAGACUUGCAAAACAAUCGCUCGCAUAAUCACACAACUAGGUCCACGUCUGAUUCACAAUUACCACUGCCGAGGGCUGUGACUGACUUGAUCAAUGCUUCAUCAGUAUAUGAGAACAUUCCCAAAGAUUCGCGACCACCACCAACACCACCACGGAAAUCAUGACAGAUGGAUUUUUAAGGCCGCUACCGACGCCGUCGCCACAGCACCCCCAAACGUCGAACGAUUGAGUGAAUCAAUCAAGAAAUCAUAAAUCCGAAAAGAAUGUACCUAUUGUAGGACUAAACGUGAAUGCAUGCAAAAACAAACAAACAAACAAACACACGGCUUAUAAAUAGUGUGACGCUUCUAAAUUGUUGAGAAAAAUCUAUGAUGAAUCCGCACUCAAGCGCACGGCAAGGUUGGUAGGACCGCUGACCGUCAAACCGAAUAGAAACGCGUUUGACAGCACGGUGACAGCCGUCUGAGAGGGAUAACCCUGUCGGUAAACUGUCGAACCUUUCGGUUACUGUGUUUGUCAAACGUGUUUCCAGUUCUGUUUCUGCUUUAUUGUUUUGUUCGGGUACCCCAGACCAUGUGGAGCUUGUUUUUGUUUUGUUUCAUUUACUGGUCGUUUUUGUGCAUCCUGUCAGGAUCAAUUGAUAAAGUAGAGUUAUUGGUAGGAAACACGACAAAAGAGAGAAAAAAAAAGCAACGGACUAAUGCAAACACAGGUAUUGCGUGAUAAUGUUUAUAAUUAUGGACGAGAAAGUGAAAGCUACUACUCUCCUUAGGAUUAGUGGAGUAAAUUUGUGUUAACUCGACGUGACAAGGUCUCAUACUAGAAGUGAAAACAAAAAUUGAAAAAAAACCGAAAGAGCAAAUUAGUGUAUCUAGUCUUAACAAAUUUUCUGCAAAGAAGGAUAAACGAGAUCGAGACCCACUUUUUCUUCUCUUGCUCGAUGGCUGAACAGACGGCACGCAAUCGAUUUAGAUCUUUUACUAUUGUUUUUUUUUUGACAAUUGCUAAACCAUUUGUCAGAUAGCAGCAAGAUCAGAUCCGCAUUCAGCCUACGGUGCCGGAGGAGAAAACACCUGGAAAUUGGACAGACACUCGGAUGAAUAAGCUACAAAUGUGAUUUAAACAAAAAAUAAAUAAAAACUAACAAAUCAUGUGCGACACACGAAAGGUGGAAAAACAGUAAAUCGAUAGGAAAAUGUGCGCACCCUAAAUAUAUUGCAACUAGGAAGAGAUCGGAUUCUAUGUUUUUUUUUAUUGUUGUUAAGUUUCGCGAUUUACGCUGCCGCUGUGGAGGAAUGAGAAUUACCCGAAUUAGAUUAGUUGAAAAGUUAGCUCGUUAAGCUGUUGUAUCGCAUCCAAUAUAUAUUUUUUUAUGAUAUGAUUCUCUUUCGUUUUUCCGUUGGAUUUGCAUCAGCAUCAGCAGGAAAGGAAGACAGAAAUAAGGUUUUAUUGUAAAAUUCUAUGUUUUAUAGCUAUCGCAAACGAAAACUCAAUGAAUAUAUCAUUACACACAUCGUUUAUUUUUUUUUUCGUUGAACGUUAAGUUAUUUGUUUUAUUAUCACAUUAUCCUUUUGUGUAACUAAAUAUCCUGAAAAAAAAGAAUCGACGCAACUUUGCACUGUUGUAGAAACCGAUAUAAUCAAACAAUAUAAAUGUGCUGAAUGUUCUACAGAAUAGUAAUUGUCACUUUCACUGAAAAGAAUCGUAAAAGUUUUACCUUUAGGGAAAAUCAGUACUUGUUAUAAAUUCGCCUGAAAAAAAAAACAAUUCGUGACCUAGAAUAAUACCAAAAGAUACAAUUGAUAACAAUGUUGAAAGUUUGGGUUUACGUGAUCCAUUCACUGCUUCAUACGAAACUGUCACUCUUUUUUGGCAGGAAGAGAAUUCUCUCAAUCAAUGCAUUAAUGUUUUGUUGUUGAACCCGUCUCUCCUUCCACAAUCAAGCAUAGCUUUCAAUUCAAAUGCGUAGCCUACUAUGCCUUCCCUCUACUGGGCUAGUGUUUUGUUUUGCGACUGCUACGUCAUAAGAGUAACUGCAAACACUGCCGCUAAACAAAUCUGUUUGCUGGACAAUAAUUUGUUGACAAAAACGCCUACUUGUGUACCGUUUCUUAGCAACACCUCUCGUAGAAAUCAGAGCGUCUACCGUUGAAUGAUCUUCCCUGUAGUUAUGUUCGAUAAACAAUGUGAACCGAAGACCUAGAAGUGAACAUUUAGCUAGUACUAUCGCUCUUUAGCUGAUAGCGUUGUGGCAAUCAGCAGCGAAACUUGAAAUGGCCCAAUUGAACCGCAUAACGUUAAACAGACAAAAAAAAAAGAAUACAAACUAUUACUCCCACAAUAAAACGUACUGUAUAAGAUACAAAAAAAAACAAAUGUCGCAAACUAGAACACCGAAUGAAACCAAUAAACAAAUUAAUAUUACAAGAUUACAAAAAAAAUCAAGAGAUAAAUAUAAUGAAGAUCCAGACAAUUAUAAUCCCCCUUCCUUCCUAGAAAACUCCUUUUAUGAUAAAAAAAAAUUCAAACUGAAUGUGAUUAUAGAGCUGAUAUGUUGAAUAAAUAUACUGAUUAAAAGAAGAAUAACACACAAAAAAAAAACAAACUAAUCAUGGAAUACCGAGCCACACGUGCUGUCAUUGAUGCACAACAGAAAAGGAAGAAAAAAAACGAAAAUGGGACAAAACGAUGUGCUCGUCGUCUAGGCAGAAACAAAUUUAAUUAUAUACUAUCGAUAGCGAGAGCAGGCAUACGAAAACAGAGUUUAACUAGUUAUGGAUUGAAAUAAUAAAGAUUACAAACUAAAAAAAAGAAGAAGUUAUAAGUGAGAUCAUACACUUCCGUGAUAGAAAGUGAGAUAA